GCGAGCCAGUUGUGGGAGACGCGCUGGAUGCGAGUGUCCAGCCAGUUUAGCGUCAGCUGAAACUGAGUGGCAUUCACUCGGAGGUUGUCGCCAGGCGUGGAGCUGUGCCGAGUGCCGACUGUUGCGUUUGAAAUUUGGCAUGCAGGGAGAAACUCUAAGCAUAGCUGUUGUUUUGCACAAGGGUGAGUCCUAAAGAGUGUGCCUGUGUCUGGAAACAUUGCCUUUUGUAUUUGUGGUAUGCAGAAGUAUUUGCCUUUUUGUUCGCUUUGUGGACCUCUUCGAUGUGCUUUGCGGUGGAGUACCAGUGUCGGAAUGGUCUGAUGAAGCGUCGCUUCGGCAGUGAUCGGUCGCCGUAUAGUGAAGUUAAGAGCAGAUGUUGGAACUGAGGGAGCGGCGGAAACAGUUCAGCACGGAGGUCCGCGACGUCUUGUCUACGCGGAAAGCGCCGUUGUCUGGUAGACAUGUAGAGAAAACAGGAUGUAGACGACUGUGAACACGGAUGCGCACCUUUCUUCACCGUUUCUGAUUUUGGAUUCUAAAGAACGACAUGGCCUCGUCGGGGGCGCACAAGACUACGAAGAGCGAGAAGUUGGACGAGGCGCAAGCCCUUGCCAAGAGCUGCGCUGGCAGACCGGACUUCCUUCCAUGCGACGGCCUCUCCAUUUGCGCCACGCACAGUCACGGCAAGUGCUUCAAGUUGCACUGGUGUUGCCACCUCGGAUGGUGUCACUGUAAAUACGUGUACCAGCCGAUGACGAGGGUGGGCCAGCUCCCCAGCACCACUGUGCCUCCAGCUCCGUCCGAGGCCACGGACACCAUUGACCUCUCCAUCUCCCUGACCGAGCGCUUCCUGCGCAUCGCCCCCUGGUUCCUGCCGCCUCCCUGCCCCGAGUCGCCCCGCUACUGCGUCAUCUCUGACCUCUUCAUCGACGACUACGUGGUCAAGCGCAUCAACGGCAAGAUGUGCUACGUGCAGAGGCCGCCUCCCAUGAUGCCUGUGGCUCCGCCCACACCCCACCCUCACCCACACCAACACCCUCACUUCCCACCCCACCCCCGACCACCGACUCCACCCCCCUCUCAGCCACAGCCUCAGGCGCCAAGCUCGACCUAUCAGAACACUCAGGAGGUGGCCCCGCCCCCACAGAGCUCCAACGGCCCAAUGGAGAAAGCCCAGGGCCCCAAAAUGGACCACUGCUCCUCCCCCUCCAGCUCCGAGGACUCUGGGAUCAACGCGAUCGGGGGCAACUUCCUGGAGUCGUGCGAGGAGGACUCGUGCGAAGAGGAGGAGGAAGAGGAGGAGGAUGUGCGCCGGGGGGUGGAGGUGGGAGAGGAAGAUGAGCUGAGCUCAGACGGGAAGUCCAGCCCGGCCAGCUGGGACCAGGACGAGUGCUCGCUCCUCUCCCCCUCCAAGUCUCUGGUGGAGAUCAUCGAGAAUAUUGAAACCACUGUCUGACGCGGGGUGCGUUCUCACAGUGAUUCUGCCGGCGGUAUGCAUGUGGAGAUAGCGGCAGGUGUGUGGUCUGCUGUCAUCGAUGGCUAACUGGGAAUAGUUAUUCGUUAGCGAUUCUGAAUUGUUUUUAGCCUGCGGUUGUGGAUUUCAAAUGUAAAAGUGGUAAAAACUAGCCCACACACACAACUCUCCUCAGUUCCACCAGAUCUCACCACUCGUCUCUUCUACACUGAACUUUUCCAUGCAAAGCAUCUUUUACUGGUGGAAAGGGGUUCUGUGUUUGGAAAAGGGAUUUUUUUAACGCUUCAAACUGCUCCAAAGCUGAUAGCCAAAUGGUUCCAAAAAGCUUCUUUCCUUUCCUGAGACAAUUUUUAAGAGGAACCUAAAAAGGUUCCUUAAAAGCUUCCUCAAAAAGGGAACAAACAAGUGAGAACAUUUUCUAAAGAGUGCACUGCCCCUGUCUUUUUCUCUCACUGUUGUUUACCCUCUUGCUGUUUGCCUCGAUGUUUUUGUGGGAGGACAACGCAGGCAGGCACUUCCGUUUGCAGUGCACCUGUCUGCUCACAUUCAAUUGGACACGGAUGACCAAAAAUCACUGUUAGCAUAGCAUAACCGCAGCCGCAUUUGGGCCAGAUCCGGCACACAUGUGGUCCAGAGUUAGCCAGCCCCCCUCCCUCCUCGCUGGGUCUUUGGAUCUCAUGCAUGGCUUGUCAGAUGGCAGAGGACAACGACGAGCAUCGUGUUCCCUUUUUAUACAAGAGCCCAAGGAAACACUCUCUCUCACACACAAACACACACUCACAUGCACAAAAUCACAAAUCACCAGUCACUUGUUUUGCACGCUAAGAGGAUCACAGCAAAAGACCAAAUGUUAGCACUAGCCUGUCUCUUUUGUACACUUUCCUUAAAGGUGCAGUCUGCGAUUCACUUUCGGUUUAGCAAAAGAUUGUUUAUAUAUGAGUUCAACAGCCAAUCAAAUUACAUCCUUGGCUUUGCUGCAUUAAUUGGCUGGGAAUGUUUUUAGCUGAGUCCAAGCCACUUUAUUUGUUUCCCAUUUAAAGGGAAACUAUGCAGUUUGUUUAGCUUAAUUUACCUUAACUUCACAGCUUUGACUCAUUGGAAUGGUUAUAGAAUGGCGGGAUGCCGGACUCAGAGACUGCGAGACGAGUCUCGCAGCCUAAUUGCUUUACUGCACUAAUACACAUACACGUCAGGCACCGGCUAGAACAAGGUAGUGAUGGAGUUUCUCAGACAUUUGUCAUGACCGAGCCAGCAAAACGAAGCAGAAAGCGAGUAAACCGUUACAGGGAAAGAGGAAACAACAGAUUGAACGAUCGAGGAGUGUUGUAAAAUAUAUACUCUGAAGCUGUAGGGGGAGAGAAACCUGCGAGCAAAAAGCGAAGAAAUUGCCAAAACUGCAUAGUUUCUCUUUAAAGAACUAUGACUAAGAACUGUACACAAGCACCUGCCUUUUAUUGGUGGCAAAUACUGAAGGGACAGCUAAAUGACUGAUGAAAAUCCAUUGAAUAUGACAAAACAUGUGACCCCACCUUUUGAUACAGUGCCAAUUCAAUUAGCGAUUGCGUGUCAAUGUCUUUUAUUUUGAUAGUCUGAAAAUGAAAGUGUGUGGGAUUAUAAUUGCGGACUGCACCUUUAAUGACAGUGUCUCCGAAACGGAUCUGAUCCAGACCUGGGACAGAACUAAGACCAGAACUCAGCCAAAACUCAACCUUAACCAAGCCAGAAUCAGGUGUUAGUCAGGCUCCUAGAUGAAGAGUUGUCUUUUUGAUAACCUUUUGAAAACAGUUCACUGUCCAUUCAUUAAGAAAGGCUGACUUCAACCAUGAUAUCAUAGUCUGAGUCUAUCUAAUGUAUACUUUAGCUUGCUAAAUACAGCCGAACGACAGCAGCACAGAAAGAGGAAGAGGAGAGACGAUGCUAUGAGCAAAAGAGCUAGAGAUAGAGAGAUAGAUAGAGAGAAAAGAAGGAACAGGAAGAGGUAGAGAUAAGGGGAGCUGGCUCGUACACACAGCAGACAUGAGGAGUGAAGCCUGGGCAGAGAGCAGUGCGUUGCAUUGCAUUGUGGGCCGGCCGGCAGGUGCUGUCAUCAGCUCCGUGCAGCGGUGUUUUAAAUUAUGCAUGAGAGCAGCGUUAGGUGCCAUCAGCGCCAGGCAGGGAACAGGAGGGUCACAGUGUGCCGAGAGUCCCUGUCAUCACCUCUCAUCAGCGCCCAUUAAGGGCAGAGGCCCAGCAGCGCUCCCCAGCAGAGCCACGGAGGUUACAUCAGCCCCAUCCCCCACACCCACCCUCUCCCGCCCGCCGCCACGGAGGUUACAUCAGUCGCACCCACCCUCUCUCCCGCCCGCUUCUCCAGAGAGAGGCCCACACUGGCGAGAGAGAUGCCGGAGAAAUA